GAAAAAUUUGAAGGCUUGUUCCGUGCCUAUGAUGACUGUGUGACAUUCCAGCUGUUUAAAAGCUUCAGGCGUGUGCGGAUUAAUUUUAGUAGUUCCAACUCAGCUGCUCGUGCCAGAAUAGAGCUGCAUGAAACACAGUUCAGAGGGAAGAAGUUAAAGUUGUAUUUUGCACAGAUUCAGACCUCCGAGACAGAUGGAGACAAGCUUCAUUUGGCACCACCACAGCCUGCAAAACAGUUUCUCAUCUCGCCUCCAGCCUCCCCACCUGUAGGGUGGCAACCAAUAGAUGAUGCAACACCUGUCAUCAACUACGACCUCCUUUAUGCAGUUUCUAAGCUAGGACCAGGAGAGAAAUACGAGCUGCAUGCAGGAACAGAGUCCACUCCCAGUGUGGUAGUGCACGUCUGCGACAGCGACAUGGAAGAAGACGAGGACCCAAAGAAUUCUCCAAAGCCAAAAAUCAUUCAAACUCGGCGCCCUGGUCUGCCACCUCCUGUAUCUAACUGA